GGUACUGGCGCCGGGUCCGGGUCCGCGCCCCUCCCCACCGCUGCGGGCCCUGGAGCCACGCCUGACCGAGGCGCUGCAGGGGCACGGGUGGCCCAGCCUGCGGGAUGACGCCGCGCGGAACCGCGACCCUGGCGCUCCACGCUGCGCUCCUCCCCUGGCCCAGCCUGCCUAGGUGCCCCGGCAGGUAGAGCGUUGAGAGGAGCACGGAGGAGCUCCUUGGGUGACAGGGCCUGGCCUGGCAGGUCCAGCCCAGCAGAAAUUCACAGCGUCUAGGGAGAAUGGUGAGGAUCUUGGCCAAUGGGGAGAUCGUUCAGGAUGAUGACCCCCGAGUGAGGACUACCACCCAACAGAGGAGUAGCAGCCCCCGGCAGGGCUUUUUCAACAGAGGCCACAGUGCACCUCCAGGGGGCCCUGGACCCCACCAGCAGCAGGCAGGUGCCCGACUGGGUGCUGCCCAAUCUCCUUUCAGUGACCUGAACCGGCAGCUGGUGAACAUGGGCUUCCCACAAUGGCAUCUUGGGAACCACGUGGUAGAGCCUGUGACCUCUAUCCUCCUGCUCUUCCUGCUCAUGAUGCUGGGGGUUCGUGGCCUCCUGCUUGUGGGCCUGGUCUACCUGGUGUCUCACCUGAGCCAGCGGUGACCUCCAGGGCCUCAUGAGGCAGGCAGUGUUCAGUAGGAUCGACUGGGCUUCGAAUGAGAUCACGCACAGGGGGAGGGAGCUUGGGUGUGCUCAGGUAUGGUGGACGUGAGACCGUGAGUGUAGAUCUUCCCCCGCUGCAGGAGGCAGAGGGACUCUCUGGGCCAGCAUUGCUGAAAAAAUAGAGUCCAUGUUUUUCUGGAAUGUUUUUAGGAGACAUAGGGUCUCCAUUACAAAGCACAAGCCAGAGUAAGAAAGGCUUAGUAUGUUGUAUUCUCCCAGAGCACAAGUCCUCCUCCAGGCGCAAACCCAGAGCUUAAAGCAGCUGGGAACUGUCCAGUUUUAUAGCAUUCCUUCAUUUUAACGGUGUCUUUUUAUCCAGAACCUUUAUUUAUGAGGAGGGAUAUUGGCAUUCUGUGUGUUAUGAUCUUUCCUUUUCUUUUGGUUUUCCAAGACAGAGUCUCACUGUGUAGCCUUGGCUGGCCUGGAACUCACCCUGUACACCAGGUUGGCCUUGAACUCACAGAGAUCCUCCUGCCUCUUCCGCCCAAGUGUUGGGACCAAAGGCGUGUGAUACAUGCCCAGCCAUUGUGAUAUUUUCAAUAAAUAAAUUGGAGUCCCUUUUAAGAAGCUGGUGAGUGACUCAUAGCUGCACGGCCUGGAAGACAGACGGCAGACUCUGGUGAGGAUGGUUGGUUUUGGAGAGGAAGUGGUAGAACCUUUGGCCUUGGCGAUUCUGGGAUUUUUCUCAGUAGGAUGGGGGCUGGGAGGUGCGGUGCAAGCCUGGACCCCUCGUCUAGUACUGUGGGAAGCCCUAGGCACCCCAACACUCUGAACUCCAAGACCAGCUUUUGGGGAGGGGGGCCAGAAUGACUGGGGAGGCGUUAGGAGUGAAAGAACGGAGUGUGUGUCCAGGAUCUUCCUGCUCAGGGGCUCGACCCAGGGGCUACUUAGGUUUGUCCAGCCAUCAGCAGCCUCAGAAGCCCUGGCCCUAGUGGACUGCCCUUAGUGGGUCUCAGGACCAGGUAGCCCUGAUUUCCUGACAGGAGGCAUGGGUUUGGCUCUCGAACUCUCUUUGGUUUUUGGUUUGGUUUGGUUUUAGUGGGGGAGGGCUGUUUGGGGCAGGGUUUCUCUGUGCAGCCCUGGUUGUCCUGGAAUCACUCUGUAGACCAGGCUGGCCUAGAGAUCCGUUUACCUCUGCCUCCUUAGUGGUUGGAUUAAAGGCAUGUGCCACCA